GCCUGCUUGCCUGAACACUUGAACUUGAAGUUGAAGUUGCCGCGCAGCAUGGCAGUGGCAGAUUCGUGCAAGAAGCAGAAGAACAGCGCGCUGAGGGAGUUUCUGUUGGCAGCCAUGGCCCCGCUGAGGACUGAUGACGACCUGUCGCGUGCUGCAGCAACGGACCCCACCUCCCUGGAUGUCAGCGCCGCGCUCGCAUUCGUGACCACCCUGCCAUCGCCUCGAACGUUCCGGACACAAGCGUAUGUGCCAAGGCACAGCUUUAGCAUUCUCAAUGGGCGGCCAGUUUCGCACAUGCCUGCAUUGCCCGAGAGGAAGCGGAGGGGCGGGUUUGCGGCGAGGUUAGAUGCGUUCAGACUGGGUGUGGAACAGCAACUACAUGGAUUGCAGCAGACCGCGGCUGAAACGCUGCAGAAUGUGCAGAAUGCCGCAAAGGAGGUGUUCGUAGACCUAGGUUUGAUUGAGAAAGAAGGUGUGAUCGAGGAGGAGACGGUGCCGGAGUGGUAUGAAGAUGAAGCUUUCAAGGUUGAGACAAUGGAGCCUGUUUACAACCCCCUUGCGUCAGGCCAAUUCGCCGCGAUCCUUCCAGGGGACGGCGUUGCUGAGAUGGUGGCAACAACCAGCAUCCUCAACUUUUUGAACAUUUACAACACCCUCCUGAUUGGUCGCCUCGUGCUGACGUGGUUCCCAAACCCUCCUCAAAUUAUUGCUAACCCCCUGAGCACGAUCUGCGACCCAUACUUGAACCUGUUCCGGGGCAUCAUUCCUCCUAUUGGUGGCACUAUCGAUCUGUCACCCGUGCUUGCGUUCCUGGCCCUGAACGUCUUCACGAACGCCGCACAAGCGCUUCCAGCGGAGAUCCCUCCAGGGUCGAACGAGCCAGUUUACACCGCGCCGGCGAUGUCAGAGAACGAAGUCUCGAAGGCACCAGCCCGGAAGCGGGGCCCUAGGAACCUGAAAAGCCUCUUCAAGAUCUACAAGUAGGGACUCAUUCUUUCAAAGGGCGACUCACUGGAGCCCGAGGUGCUCCACCAUUUUUGGAAGCUAGUGUUGCCGUUGAGUUGUUAUCAGUUGUAUCCAAACGAUUGAAUUUUAAUGGCCAGCUUCAAGUUCGAGCCUGUCGCCCCG